CUAUUGCCGUUUUUGUCGCUUGGAUGCAUCGUCCCGUUAAUCACUGUCACCGCGUCGGCCUCUCGGCUCCCGAGGACAAUGACCGCUAGAUGGCAGCAUCGCCGCUCUCUCCGCGCCCGGCGGCCCGGCGCACUGACACGGCCACGUUGUUCCCAGUGUAUACCCUCCUUCUCAUCGCAAUCCCUCCCUUCUUCUCCGGUUACAGUAGAUCCAUCUAUCUUCCUCUCGCAUCGCACUGUGCUGUCAGUAUCAGAUAGACCGAGCUGCUUCCAUGGCGAAAAGCGAGCCGAAUUUUUGUACGAAAGGAAGCUCUUCCCCGCACCUGUACCUGUCCCUGCUUCUGGCCGUUCACUGGGUGUCAUUGCCGGGGCACGUAGACGGUGACAGCGGUGCUCUGCACCGGAGCGGCGGAGAGGGGACGCUUGACAGGAGCGGCGGCGGAGUGUUUGCGCGGAGGUUCGCCGAUAGCGGCGGAGAGCCGGGCGCAGCGGGAACCGCACGCUUCAGGAGAGUAGCAUCCCAGGAGAAAGUGUCCCUUCUGAGCAGCUCCUUCGUGCUGAAGGGGGACGCCACUCAUAACCAGGCGAUGGUUCACUGGACCGGCGAAAACAGCAGCGUCAUCCUCAUCCUCACCAAGUACUACCAUGCGGAUUCUACAAAGGUGCUAGAAAGCUCCCUGUGGAGGUCGAGUGACUAUGGCACCACCUACUCCAAGCUCAACCUGAUGCCGGGAACCACCAUCGUGGUCACCAACUUCUACAUCUGCCCCACCAAUAAGAAGAAGGUGAUCCUCGUGAGCUCCACCAUCAACGAGCGCGACCAGAUGCUCUUCAUCAGCACCGACGAGGGCACCUCCUUCCAGCGGCAGCCGCUCUCCUUCACUGUGGAGACGCUCCUCUUUCACCCCAAGGAGGAGGACAAGCUGCUGGCCUACAGCAAGGAGGGAAAGCUCUAUGUGUCAACAGACCUGGGCAGGAAGUGGACGUUGCUGCAGGAACGUGUCAGCAAGGAUCGAUUUUUUUGGUCUGUGGCAGGCGUGGACGUCGACCCGGAUCUGGUGCACAUGGAGAUGCAGGAGACGAGCGGAGGCUUUCUCUACGUGACCUGCCUCAUCCAGAACUGCUCGGACAAGAUGGUGACGGCUCAGUUCCUCGGCAAGAUCGACCAGAACUCGCUGUCCGUGCAGGACAGCUACAUAUUCGUGAAGGUGACCACUGGGAACCGCACGAAGCACUAUGUCUCCUACCGGCGGAACGACUUCGUCCAGAUGAGGUUCCCCAAGUACGCCUUGCCCAAGGAUGUCCAGAUCGUCAGCACGGAUGAGAACCAGGUGUUCCUGGCCAUCCAGGAAUGGUAUCAGACGGACACCUACAAUCUGUACCAGUCGGAUCUGCAGGGUGUGUACUACUCCAUCGUGCUGGAGAACGUGCGCAGCACCAGGCAGCCGGAGGAGAAUGUGCUCAUCGACAUCCUGGAGGUCCGUGGAAUCAAGGGAGUCUUCCUGGCCAAUCAGAAGGCGGAUGGGAAAGUGACAACGCUGAUCACCUAUAACAAAGGACGGGACUGGGACUUCUUGACUCCCCCAGCCACUGACAUGAAUGGCAAGCUGGUCAACUGCAAGCCGCCGGACUGCCACUUGCACCUGCACUUGCGCUGGGCUGACAACCCCUAUGUCUCUGGGACCGUCCACACCAAAGACUCCGCCCCCGGGCUCAUCAUGGGCGCCGGAAAUCUGGGAUCCCAGCUGGUGGAAUAUAAGGAGGAGAUGUACAUCACAUCGGACUGUGGGAAGUCCUGGAGGCAGGUGUUUGAAGAGGAGCACCACAUCCUCUAUCUUGAUCACGGAGGCGUGAUUGUAGCCAUCAAGGACACCUCCAUUCCACUCAAAAUCCUCAAGUUCAGCAUCGACGAGGGCCGAACGUGGAAUGUUCACAACUUCACCAGCACCUCCGUGUUUGUCGAUGGCCUCCUGAGUGAGCCUGGGGACGAGACCCUGGUCAUGACUGUGUUCGGCCACAUCAGCUAUCGCUCUGACUGGGAGCUGGUCAAGGUGGACUUCCGGCAGUCCUUCCCCCGGCAGUGUACCGAGGCCGACUACGACUCCUGGAGACUCACUGAUCCGCAGGGGGAGCGUUGCAUUAUGGGUCAGGAGAGGAGCUACCGGAAGAGGAAGGAGUCUGCAUUCUGCAUCAAGGGCAAGAGCUUCACAUCUGCACUGACAGCCAAACCCUGCCAGUGCGCUGAGAGGGACUUUGCCUGUGACUAUGGGUUCGAGCGGGCCCCCAGCCUGAAAGCAGAGGGAGACCGCUGCUUCGCCGACUUCUGGUUCGACCCCGACUCGCCUCCAGAGGACUGCCACCAGGGGCACCGCUACGAAUCCAGCACAGGCUACAGGAAAGUUGUCUCCAAUGUCUGCGAGGGAGGAGUCAACAAGCAGCAGAGCUCCAAGCAGCACAUCUGCCCACUGCUGCCCCCUAAAGGCCUCCAGCUGGGCAUCAAGGGGCAAAUGUUGGCCGUGGCACCUGGUGAUGACAUCACCUUCACCGUCGUUCAAGAGCAGGGGGACACCACGAAUACCAAAUACCAGGUCGACCUGGGCGACGGCGUUCGGGCCAUCUACCGCAACCUGACUGUGACAGAUGAGCCCAUCCAGCACCGGUACAUAAAACCCGGUGUUUACCGGGUCACCGUGAAGGCCGAAAACGCAGCUGGGCACGACGAGGCCACCGUCUAUAUCCAGGUCAAUGCCCCUCUACAGGAAGUCCACCUGGAAGUGGUUCCUAUUGCAGGAAGAAACCAGGAAGUGAACCUGACUGCCAUGGUGCUGCCUGAUGCCACCAACCUGACCAUCUUCUAUUGGUGGAUCGGGGACAACCUGCAGCCCAUCCUUUCUCUGGAGAACAGCAUUAUCAUCAAGUUCCCGGAGACUGGGGAGGUGUCUGUCACUGUCCAGGCCUCCAACGGGCGCUCCAUGGUCCAGGACACAAAGCGUGUCCGCGUCUUCGAACAGUUCCAGGUAAUCCCUCUCAGCUUCAGCAGGAACCUUGACCACUUCAACCCCAACAUUCCAGAAUGGAGAGAAGAUGUUGGAAAGGUUGUUACCAAGAUCCUGUCCAGGAUUACAGGUGUUCCCCAAGAGCUGCUGGUUACCAUGGUGAAGCCGGGCCUGCCAACGACUGCAGACCUCUAUGUUCUGCCAGCGGAGGCCAAGCCAGCCAAGAGAAGUGUGCUCUCGAACAAGCAGAUCCCAUCCAUCAAACAGGCCUUCACUGAGAACAACGUCAGCUUUAUCGUCAGAGGUGGUCUGGUGGUGCUGGUGAGCCUCGCAGAGCCACAUGCAGGGUCUGGGGGCGACAUAGCCAGCCCUGGGAUCUGGGCAUUAAUGGUCUUCCUCAUCGUCUGCCUGAUCAGCACUGGAAGCUUCGUCCUCUACAAGUUCAAGAGAAAGAUCCCCGGGAGGAACGUCUAUGCGCAGAUGCACAACGAGAAGGAGCAGGAGAUGACUAGCCCGGUGAACCACAGCGAGGACACCCAGAACAUCAUCCAGGGGGAGGAGUUUAUCGACGACGACCUCGACUCGCAGACGCUAGGUAACGCUGGAGGCAACCACUCAGGCGUGGUCCUGAGCAUCAACUCCCGAGAGCUGCACAGCUACCUGACCAGCUGAUGGUCGCAGGUCGGACGAAGAGCACAGACUCUGCCUACCCUGUGAUUUGUUACACCGGUCUUCUCCCAGCUACCCGAGGAGGUCGGGGGGGCCCUGACCCGUCGACACACCACGAUGCUACGGCAACAACCUGUUUCUUCCUCUCUCUGUCCGUGUCUCCUCCGUGUCUCGGUCUGCUGUCUGAAAGCAGGAGCACAUCCCCCCCCCGCCCCCCCCCCUCCCCCCGCUACUAAGUGGUCUCACAAAGUUCACAUGUGUUCUGCCGUGCCCUCUCUUCACCCGCUGUUCCCAUUGGCUCUCCACUGAUGUGAUGUCGUUAACUGUACCCGUGUUCACGGGUUGUGGUGUAUAUAUAUUUUUCUCUACUUCCCAAGCUCUUCAUUGCGGUUGUGGUCCCCUUUAAGCAGAGGGUGGUAGCAUGCGGUCCCAAUGCCGCUGUGAAACGGCACAGUGCCUGCCCGCGAUUAUUCAGCAGCCAUCCCCGUUUGUGACAUCGAGCACAACGUGCCUCGACAGCGCCAUCCAGGGAAUGCCAGUGGCAACGUGACGCUUAGACAAGUUUUAUCAAACCAGAAUUACUGGUCGAAGGCAGACGGCAAAAUGUCAGUGCUUCUGAACCCAGGGAUGUGCCGGGUAAUCUCCAGUUCCGCUCGUCAGUGACAGAAAAUGGGCAGAUUGGAUGAGUAACUUGGCUUUUUGGGGCAUCAGCUUGCAAAAGAUACAUUUAUAGAUUGAUCAGUUUAAACAUACAUUCAUAUUAUUCAUUAAUGUAUGGUGAGCACAAUGCAAUGCAUAAUGAAACGGACAUUUUUAAAGCACUAAAUUCAUUAUAAUUCAACUAAACUGUGUGGAAAAACAGUGGUACAAUGAACAUUGUUUACUACUUUUGAACUGUGGAAAUGGUGUGCCAAAAACAAGCCUCUUUGGAAGUACGUAAUAGCUUUUCAUCUACAGGAUAACGAUUCAGCAGACUGAACAUCUGCAGAUAUAUUUUUGUUUGAGACCUCACCCGAGUAUAGGGAAGAUAAUGCAAUACACAGUAUGACUUGAGCGUGUACAGAUGGGUGCAGCACGACAUCAGUCGUUUUAUGUUGAUGUGGAGCGUCACCAAAUCUAUCCCUUGCUUCUGGCAAUAGCUCAUAAGCCCACUUGAAAACUACAGGCACUGAGCUCAAUGUAUCUUUGAAUUAUCAGUUUCCCCUCCGCACAAUAGGUGGCAGUGUUGUCCCAUUGUGAGUAGCUCUUGUGAGUGCACCGUUUUUAGCACAUUACAUGUGCCUAUGCAUUUACUUUCCCCUACAAACUACAAAAAGGAAUACAUUGUUUUCUUUUUUUUUUUUUUUUACAAGACACAUUUGAAUUUUACAUUUAUUUAUGUUUUACUUAGUAAAUUGACUGAGUGAUAUUUUAGUUUGUCGUGAUUUUAGUCAAUAGCCCUUUCAAAACAGCUUAGUUCCAUGGUGCCUCAGUAAUCAUCGUCUGCAAUAUAAAAUGCAUUUAUAGCUAACAUAAGUUGGCGGGGGGGGAAAAAAAACUUUUUCAAAUCUUUUCAAAUGAACAAUCAAUUCAUUUCAGACCCAAAGGUCAGAAUGCAUUUAGGAUGAGUUUGCGGGUUUACAUACCUUGUCUACCCCAUACUCCUAGAGUUGUGGCGCUCACACAAGGCUAUGGUGUCGUCAAGCCUAUAUUAGGCUAUGCAGGAAGUAGAGUUCCCUUUAAUUUGGUUUGUUCAUGUAUAAGAAAUACUUUGUAAAUAAUUAUUCAUAGAGCAACAUAAUACUUCACACAAAUACCAAAUUUGCACCACUUUUGGAUGUUUGACACCAGAAUAUUCAGCACUUUCAUGAAACACGUUAGUCACUAUUUUUUGGUUUUGUCAUCGUUCACAUGUAGGAUCUUGCAGGUUCCCACAAAAUCCAAGUAUUUUGGCCCUUAUUUACUCAUGUUCUCUCACCUGUUUGAAGUUGUCUAAAUCGUCUUGUCGUUUCGUAGAUCAGCUCAGCAGCGGCAAAAAUAUUUCCGAUGGCUUUUGGUCACGUGACACGCUGCCUUAGUAUGUGGCUGAUGUCAUCGUCUUAAAAUGCUCACAAGACAGGGUCCUCGUGCCACUUUGUUGUGCGAAACUACAAGAGGAUGCACCCUGGGACAGGAGAGUCUAUCUCAUGACGUUGUUGUGUGCAGUAAUGAGCCAGUCCAUCCCAAAGGGCGACAGCACAGACAAUAUGAGUACUGCACUGUACGGUCAGACACGAGCAUUCUCUGGUUUCGUGAGCCCACUGUGAAUAGAGCAGAGCCGCUUAGUCAGUCUUCGUCGUUAGUUUGAAGCACCGUAGGCUGGUGAGCCUCAGCAUACCGGCAGCCUCUGAAUUGCACUAACCCCUUCAUUUGGACAGUAAGAUUUCGCACAUGGUCUGUAUGAACUCCCGCUCGCGUUGGGUCCAAGCAGCCUUUAUCUCAGUCAGUGGUGGGUUUGCCUGAUUCAAUAGAAUCCAGUAGUUUGUUCCUUUAGUUUUUGCUCCUGUUGAGCUCUUAAUUAAUGGUGUUAUGAACUUACAAAUACAUUUGUCUUAACUGAGAAGUACACGUGUAGGCCACUGUUGAGGAAAUAUGAAAUAAAACCUACAGUUUGUUUCUCAAGUAUUUCAUUCCUACUGAAUUCUAAAAAUAGGAAAUAGCAUUGCUUUUAAUUACUUUAUCUUAAUUAUAAAGGAUUAAACAUAUGUAAAACAAUGAUCACAUAUCAACCCUGCUCCUGGAGAUCUACCACCCUGCAGAGCUUAGGUGCAGCCCUGAUUUAACACACCUGGCACAGACAAUCAGGCCCUUCAGCAGUAUCUCAGUAUUAGAGCCAACUUAGCUGUAACAUAGCUGACUCCAAUACUUAUCUGUAUUAGGUGUGUUAAAUCAGGAUUGCACCCAAGGUAGAUCUCCUGGAGCAGGGAUGGUGAUCACUGGAUUAUACUGUCACAGAUAUUCCUCAACUAUAAGUUUUAACAAAUAAUUUUGAAAGAUAGCAUGAACGAUUUAGCCAACAGUUAAAUUAAGAGCUCACCUACGAACAGUCACACUGUCCAGCCUGCAGGUUCUGGAAAUGUCUGUCCCUGUCGUGAAACUUCUUUUAUGAAACAAACUACUGAAUAUGCAAAGAAUGACCGGUUGCAUUAAAGGUCAUGUAUUUUUUUUUUUAUAAUUAUUUAAUUUAAUAGCGUGGUUUGAGGCUCAUUGUUUAGGGCAGCUGACGGCCUGGGACAGUGUAUUCCAGUGAGCCAGUUGCUCAUUGUUUAGGGCAGCUGCCGAGAGCUGACGGCCUGGGACGGUGUAUUCCAGUGAGCCAGUCCCCAAACCACAAACCAUAACCCUGACACAUUGAUGUAGAAGAAUGGCUGAAUGUGACCAAACCCCAGCACUAGGUCAUGGUGGUUCGAUAGCUUCGAUUCAGGUGUUCUCUGCACUUGCCUUAAGAGAAAUAAGUAUUCAUCUCGCUCCUUCUGGUUGUGUUCAGUAUAGUUUCAGUACAAGUCGACUUGCCACGGGCAACGAUCCACAACUCUGGGCACGUUUUUGUACAUAAGGACGCUCAUGUUUGCUUGUUCUUAGUUCUUUAGUGUUGUGGUGUCUGUAAAAUGUUUAUUUGGGGGGGGGUAGAUGACAAAAACUAUAUUUGUGGAGGAUAUUCAUUGUUGAAACAAAAUGUGUGAACCUGACAUUUCAUGGGAAAUGUUUUCAGUAAAUGUUUGAACACUCAAAAUGUACCGAUACAUACUGAACCCUUGGGAUUAACUGCACCCAUAACUGUAUAAGUUUGUUCUAAUAAUUUGUUCUGCUCAAUAAAAACUAAACAUUCUUCAAGAAACUAAAA